CCCAACAACAACAACAACUACUACUCAAUUGGAACCACUCCCACCACCUCAACACCGUCAUCACCAUCAGCAUCAUCAUCAAAUACAUGACCAUCAAAUUUCUUUUGGAAUGAUGCAAUCUUCUUCUUCAUCUUCUUAUAUCCCCGGAAACUACCUAAGCAAGGAUUCGGGAGCUUAUGAUUUGGGUGAAUUGGAUCAAGCACUUUUUCUCUAUCUUGAUGGACAAACAGACCCUUCGAGUGUUCAAGACCAAAGACAGAACUCUUUAUCAGGGAUGAGGCCUCCAACUCUCAACAUUUUCCCGUCUAAGCCUAUGCACGUAGAGCCAUCAUCAUCCAAUUCUAAGCGAGAGGCCAAUCGCAAGGGUCCAACAUCUAGUUCUGAACAAGAAGGUCCUAAAACACCAGAUCCUAAGACACUCAGAAGACUUGCUCAGAAUAGAGAGGCAGCUAGGAAAAGUAGGCUUAGGAAAAAGGCAUAUGUUCAACAGCUAGAGUCGAGUAGGAUUAGGCUUAAUCAGCUGGAACAAGAGCUACAGCGUGCUAGAGCUCAAGGCAUAUUCUCCGGUGGAGGUGCACUUUUGGGAGGAGAGCAAGGCCUCCCUGUCGCUAUGAAUAGCAUUAGCACAGAGGCUGCAAUGUUUGACGUAGAGUAUGCUAGAUGGCUAGAGGAGCACCAUCGCCUAGUGUGUGAGCUAAGAGCUGCAGUGCAAGAGCACCUUCCCGAGAAUGAGCUUAGACUGUUUGUGGACAAUUGUUUGGCGCAUUAUGACCAAGUAAUGAACCUCAAGAGCUUAGUGGCCAAAACAGACGUGUUCCAUCUUGUUUCUGGCAUGUGGAAGACCCCAGCUGAACGUUGCUUCAUGUGGAUCGGUGGAUUCAGGCCAUCUGAACUCAUUAAGAUUAUUCCGAGUCAAAUUGAACCUCUCACAGAGCAACAAAUAUUGGGUAUAUGUGGGUUGCAACAAUCUACGCAAGAGGCAGAAGAGGCUCUCUCUCAAGGGCUUGAGUCUCUCAAUCAAUCUCUCUCAGACACUAUAACAUCAGACUCAUUGAGCUAUCCUCCCAAUAUGGCUAACUAUAUGGGCCAGAUGGCAGUGGCCAUGAACAAGCUCUCCACUCUUGAAGGUUUCGUGAGACAGGCAGAUAGUUUGCGGCACCAAACCAUUCAUCGUCUGCAUCAGAUUCUAACGAUACGUCAAGCAGCAAGGUGUUUUCUGGCCAUAGCUGAGUACUUCCAUCGUCUGCGAGCCCUGAGUUCGUUGUGGUUGGCACGCCCUCGCUCAGAAUAG